AUGCAUCGUCUUAUUUAUUACGUUUUUAUCUUUUUUCUUAUACUAAUUACUCAUCUUGGAUCCUGUGCCGAUACAACUUCUGUUAUUUCAAUAGUUGAGGAAGAUAAUAAUUUGGAUAGCAAUGAUAUCUCUAAUACAAUUUUAACAACAAAAACAACAACAACACCAACAAUAAUAAUAGAAUCAAGCGUUGAAGAUAUUGUUGAAGAUAUUGCUGAAGAUACUGUUGACAAGGUUACAGAAUCAACAACUACAAUUACAACUACAACAAUAAUUAAUGAAAAACAAGUGAAAAAUUUUCUAACUGAGUAUUCAAUAAAUGUCAAUUUAUCGUCAUUAUCAUUAUCUAAUGUGAUAUUUAAUAGUUAUUUAAAUGACUUACUUGUUCUUGUUUUGAGUGAACAUGAAAUUUUAUUAAUUAAUAAAACUGAUGGAACACUUCGAAAUCAUUUUAAAUAUGCACAUAUUAUACCAGUUAAUCAACAAAAAGAACAAUCGAAUUUUCUCGUUAUUUUUGAUGAUAAUACUCAAGAACUUUGGAUAUUAAAUUCUACUCAUCAAGAAAAUCCAAAAAUACAUUUUAAACCAAAACAAAUUUAUAUUUUUUCAUCAGCAAAUAAUUUAUGGAUUGCUGAAACAUCUGAUGAAGUUGGCUUAUAUACUAGUCAAAAUUCAGGUAUUGACUGGAAACAAGUUGAACAAAGUAGUAGUUCUUCAGUACUUGGUUGGUCAAAUAAAGCACAAGCCGUUGUUAUUAUUCAACAUUCACGUUAUAUAAAAUUACUUGAUAUAACAACAGAUAAUAUAAUACCAAUUUUAAAUGAUGUAUCAUCAACAAAACUUUUUUCACGUUAUUUACUUACAAAACAAUCAAAUGAUGCAAUUGUUACCGGUCAUGUGAAUAAUUUAGCUGAUGAAAUUUUUCGACCGUUACCUAAACGAUUACAAUCACAGGGAAAUUUUUAUUGUGCUAUUGAAGACAUCAAUACUCAAGAUUUAUUACUUUUAUUUAUUACUGAUAAUAGAUUAACAGAAAAUAAUGAAACAAUUUUAUCAACAUGUAAUCUUAUUAGUUAUACAAAACAGGGUUUAUUUAAUUUAUCAAAUAUUAAUUGUGAAUCAAUAAAUAAUGAUAAUUCAUUAAAACCGAUCGAAUGUUCAAGAGAACAAAUACCAUUUUAUCAAGUACAUGGUUUAUCAAAAAGUGUUUUCUUAGCAAAUAUUGCACCAGAAGCAACUACAGUGGUUUCAUUUGAUGGUGGAAUCACUUGGAAUAAAACACAUUAUGAAUGCAAUAAGAUGAUAAAUUGUCCGAAUAAUGUAUCAGUUGUAAUAAAGUCAUUAAGUUCUUCGAAUGCUGCGCCAGGAAUUGUUGUAGGAAAAGCUUCGGAUGGUGUAAAUGAAUAUGUAGCGAUCUCACCUAAUGGUGGACGAUUAUGGCGAUUAAGUUUAAAAGGCAAUGGUUAUUUAACAGCACUAUCAAAUCCAAAUGCUCUUAUAGUCACAAUACCAAAUCCUAAUCAACAAUCUACGAAUCAUUCUUAUCUAUAUUCAACUGAUUACGGUCGUAGUUGGCAUUCAGGAACAUUUUCAAAUGAAACAUCCUUUCAAAUCUUAUCUCUUAUUGCUAAUGAUAAUAAUAUUUUUCAUAUUUUAACAUUAAAUAAUGAAAAUCAAUUAAAUUUAAUUCAGCUUGAUUUUAAUCUUCUUAUUGUUGAACAAUGUGCUCGUCAUCAAUUAAAAGAAUGGUCUUUACAUGGUGCUUGUAUAAAUGGUUCAAAAUUAUUUUAUAAACGACGUAUAUCUGGUUCACAUUGUCUUGAUAAUGCAUCACAUGUUCGAAUUGAACCAUGUGCAUGUACAUUAUCCGAUUUUCAAUGUUCAUCAGAUUAUAGACGUUCAAAAGAUGGAAUAUGUUUACCAAAAUCACAUUAUAUUUUUACACAAGAUUGUACUUGUAAUGAUAAUAGUACAUUAUUAACAAAACGUCGUGGAUAUAUUAAAUCAAUAAAUAGUCAGUGUAAUAAUGGAAUUGAAAAUUAUCUUUCUGAUGUUCAAAUAACACGUCGUGAUCCAAAUCAUCCAAAUUUUUUUGUUUAUGGUAUUGAUUCACGUACAAAAAAAUCUAUUGUUGAAAUACAUACAAAUGAUUUUGAUGAUAAUAUUGAUGAUGAUGAUAAUGAUGAUGAUGAUGAUGAUGACGAUAAUGAAGUUGUUAUACAAAAUACAACUUGGUUUAUUGAUGAAACAUAUGAAAUAACAGGACUUGUUUUUGAUGAAAAUGGUAAACAAGUUUAUAUAGCUGUUGAACAUGAUGAAUCUUCAAUUAUUUAUAGUAUAGGAAAAAAUCUUCGUCAACAAAAUCGUGAUACAAAAAGAUUAACAUUUGAUUCGAAUAAUGAAUUAUAUAAAAGUACAGAUGAACAUAUUGAAUAUAUAACUCUUGAUAAAUUAGCACAAAAUUUAUAUGUUCUUAUUCGUAAUAAAAAAACUCAACAACAAACAAUAUUUAUACUUAAUAUUCGUACACAUAAACGACGUACAAUUAUUAAAAAUCAACGUAUACAACCAUCAAUAAUUCUUGUUGAUCCAAUUAAAACAAAUCUUUAUUGGAUAUCACAUAAUUCACCAUUAACAUUAAAUAUAGGAAAUCUUCAAGGACAAAUUAAAAAAUAUAUACGUUUAUCAUCAAUAGAUUCAAAUUUAAGUUAUAUAUCAUAUGAUUCAGUAACACAUGAAAUUAUUUUUGUUAUUAAUUCAACUAUUUAUGGAUUAAAUACACUUGAUUAUCAUCAUCAUGUACCAAGAAUUAUUUAUGAACAUUCAUCAAUUAUACAAAAUCCUUUAUUUAUACAUCCAAUACUUUAUUUUACACAUCAAAAUAAUAAUACAGAUUCAUCAGCGAUUCAUUUACAAUCUGUUGAUAUAUUAGCAAAAAGUUUUGCAAAAAAAAUAACUAAAUUUAAAAAUUUUAAUUCAUUAAAAUUAUUUGUUGACAUGGCUCCUUCUAUCCCAAUAAGUUCAACAAUAAUUAAUCAUUGUACAAAUAAUCCAUGUUCUGAUUUAUGUAUUCCACUUGAACAUGGACGAUUCCGUUGUCUAUGUAGUGAUGAUGCACGGUAA